AUGUGGGUACAGACAGCAGAGGGAGGGGGGGGGGUAAAUGUGGGUACAGACAGCAGAGGGAGGGGGGGGGGUAAAUGUGGGUACAGACCGCAGAGGGAGGAGGGGGUAACAUGUGGGUACAGACAGCAGAGGGAGGGGGGGGGGGUAAAUGUGGGUACAGACAGCAGAGGGAGGGGGGGGGGUAAAUGUGGGUACAGACAGCAGGGGGAGGGGGGGGUAAAUGUGGGUACAGACAGCAGAGGGAGGGGGGGUAAAUGUGGGUACAGACAGCAGAGGGAGGGGGGGGGGGGUAAAUGUGGGUACAGACAGCAGAGGGAGGGGGGGGGUAAAUGUGGGUACAGACAGCAGAGGGAGGGGGGGUAA